AAACAGACCCGUACAGAUCCACUAAGUCCGCGCUGACCAUUGAUCACCCGUUCACAUGUUAUCACAUCUUCGCAUCCACUCCUUACACAUUUGGGGCAAUCUGCAGAGUCAAUUAACCCACAACCCCGCCCACGUCUUUGGGAUUUGGGAGGCAAAUGGGGCACCCGGAGGAAACCCAUGCAGUCUUGGGAAGAACGUGCAAACUCAGCACAGACAACAGCCGCGAUCAGGGUCGAUCUCGGGUCUCUGGCGCUGAGGUAGUGGCUUGACCAGCUGCUCCAUUGUGCUGAACACUGGCCUGAAGAAUUAUCACAAAGAUUCUACUGAUGGAUUAUAAGGAACACACACAAGUAUUGUGAGAUCAAGAUCUUCCUUGUUGAGUCACUUCCUGGUUACAAGAGGUUCUUUUCUUAAGAGGCUCUGCAGCAAAGCCUCAGAACCACCUUGCUUAUUGGAGGAUGAAGCUGGAGUUUGAUGACCAUAAGCACAGUGCCUUCAUCUUGCAAGCUCUCAAUGCCCAAAGACAGAAGAAAGAGUGUUGCGAUGUUGUCAUCAACGUGGGUUCCCAUUCAUUUUCGGCCCACCAGAACAUUCUCACCGCCGUCAGUCCCUACGUCAAGGACUUAAUCCACAGUUGCAAUAUCCAGCCAUCAGACGAGUUGUCCGUCACCAUUGACAUUGACUACAUGAGCCCGGUAUCGGUAGAACAGCUGUUGGAAUACUUCUACACGGGUAAGAUCAUCAUAGCGGACAAGAAUGUGGAGGAUCUGCUCAAGGGCGCAAAGUACUUCAUGAUAAAACGUCUCAAGUCCCAUUGCGUGGAGUAUUUAGAGGUUGUACUCGACAAACAAAAUUACAUGUACACUCUCAUGUUGGCCGAGACCUACGACUUACCUGAUUUGGCGGCCACUGUGUACAGCUACCUGAAAGAGCAAUUCUUCGAUUUGAGUGAGACGAAGGAAUUUGUGGAGUGCCCCUACCACGUCUUGCUCAGGCUGGUCAAGGAUGAGGACCUCCACGCUGCCAACGAGGACCAGGUGCUGCUGACCACAGUAAGGUGGACCAACCACGACUUAGAGCGCAGGAGGAGCAAUUUCCAGAAGCUGUUCACCAACAUCUACCUGAACGGCGUCACCGACGAGCUGCUCGCCGAGGUCAGCAGCGAAGAGCUGUUGGUCAAGAACAACACCACCUGCAUGUUGGCCAUAGUGGACGUGCUCAGCCACCGCAAACAGGAGCACAUCAACAGCCUCUUGCAGUACCAGAGGAAAGGCGCCCUGAUGGAUGUUGUGCUAGUCGUGGGCGGCCAAAGCAGUGACGGCGGUUUCCGCAACGCAGUGUACGCCUACGUCAUUGAUGAGAACAAGUGGCUCAAGGUCACCCCCAUGCCUUAUCGAGCCGCUGCCUUGGGGGCAGUCUGCAACAGGAAGUACCUGUACGUGACGGGAGGCACGAAUGAGCAAAACGCCAGUCUGAAGUCGGCGUGGAGGUAUGACCUGGACAAAAGCGCCUGGUGCAAGCUGCCUGACCUUCCACUCGGACUGGUCUUCCAUUCCAUGAUAUCGUGCAAUGGGAUAGUGUACACGGUCGGGGGCAGUGUGGCCCCCAGGAAGUACAUCUCCACCAUCUAUCGCUACGAUGAGAAAAAGGAGAAGUGGACAACCGUCGGAAGGAUGAGUGUCCCCAUGGACUGCGCUGAGGUUGUGACUAAAGGGGAUAGAUACAUCUACAUCGCAACGGGCAGGUGCAUGAUCAACGACAGGAUCACCAGGGUUGGGAUUGUGGACUGUUUUGACACUAUAACGGGCGAGGUGAAGCAGAGCUUGACUUUCCCCAUAGAGUUCAAACACAGGCCCGUGGUCUCCUUCCAAGGGGACUCCACGCUCUACGUGCAGAGCCACAAGCACACCAUCGAGGUGAACUUGCAGAAUUUCAAGGCCACCAAGCUGACCAAGCGCAUCCCCUUGCUCCCGAACGCCACCAAGCUGGAGGUGUGCAACGCCAUGACCACGAUCCGCAACAUAGUCUUCGUCUGUGGCGGGACCUCCGUGGCCGAAGACGGCAACGUGAAGGAAUACGCCGUGAACAAAAACGCCUUCCUGUUGGACACCAAACUGGGAGUGUGGGACGAGGUGGCAAAGCCUUCGGAAGCGUUGGAAAGCUCCGCCUGCUGCAAGGCCAAACUGCAAUGCAAGUUUAUCCAAAAGCCGGAGAAAAUCCUCUUCAAAACAAACUAGGACAGUAAAAAAAAAAAAAUAAAUAAAUAUAAUAUUUAAAUUUAAUAUUUUCCCUCCUAUCAUAAAAAUAAAAGUUUCUAAAUCAAGCCUGUGGUUGGACAAUGAAUUAUAUAUAAGAAUGCAUGGUAUGAAGCAGUGGUAGGCCUCAAGCCUAUUCUGUUAUCAAGAUCAUGGCUAAUCUUCUACGUCGGUCGAACUGGGGGUGGGUAUUAGCAAUAUUCUAUAUAAUUGGGUAGCAGGGUGGUGCAGCAGUAGAGUUACUGCCUUCCAGUGCUUGUAGUGCCAGAGACCUGGGAAAUCUGUACGUCUUUGGAGUGUGGGAGAAAACCGAACACCUCUGAGAAAACCAACGCAGGUCACGGGGAGAAUAUACAAACUCCAUACAGACAGCACCUGUAGUCAGGAUCGAACCAGGUCUCCGGCGCUGCAUUCGCUGUAAGGCAACAACUCUACCGCUGCGCCACCGUGCCGCCCCAAUAGUGUUAGAGUUACAGAGAAAAAGAGCAAGGUUUACAAUGAGGUAGGGUGGAAGAUCUGCAUUACACUCUAGUUUACAAUUUAGGUUGAUUAUUGUCACAUGCACCAAGGUACAGCAAUGAAGCUUUGUUUUGCAUGCUAUCCAAACACAUCAGAUAUACUGUACAAUAGACAAUAGACAAUAGGUGCAUGAGUGGGCCAUUCGGCCAAACUGCUGUUUUAAACUGAAGAUGGGCACAAAACGUGGAGUAAAUCGGCCGGACAGGCAGCAUCUCGGAAGAAACGGAAUGGGUGACGUUUUGGGUCGAGACACUUCUUCAGACUGUCUGACGAAGGGUCUUGACCCGAAAUGUCACCCAUUCCUUCUUUCCAGAGAUGCUGCCUGUCCGGCUGAGUUACUCCAGCUUUUUGUGUCAACCGAAAGUUACAGGCAGGAAGGAAUAUGGGUGGCAUCUCACAAAACUACCCACUCAGCCCCUCAGGAGUUCACAGCCUGUGUCUGCAGAUCCCACAGUGUUCCACUUCUCCAUCUCAGGACCAUAUAUUUCAUUCCUUUGUUCUAUAUCUCUCUAUAUCACCAUCUAUAUCUCUUGCUUCCCUUUUCCCUGACUCUCAGUCUGAAGAAGGGGCUUGACCCAAAACGUCACCUAUUCCUUUUCUCCAAAGAUGCUGCCUGACCCACUGAGUUACUCCAGCAUUUUGGUUCCAUCAGAAUCCAUAGAUUUCCAAGCCAUCUGUGCUUGAAUUGCCUCAUAUUGUGUUUUGAAUUGAAUUCUGUCUUUAAUUUGUGUACUAGCCAUGUCUCUACUAUUUAUUUCAUUCCGCUUACAUGUUUUUCCUCUACUUGCUAAAUUUUUGUAAGGUGUCCUUGAGACUCUUGAACGGCGCC